AUGGAGGACGAUCGGGCGCAGGUCGAUCUCGGCCUCGCCGCCGACAUCGAAGAGUCUCAGAUGAUGGCUCAGCAGCAACCGCCACCACCAACCCCGGACUCGGCCUCAGCGACGACACCCCAGGAUGGCACUGCGGUCAGGCAGCCGAAGAAGCGUUUCGUCGGGAGAAGAGCCGCCGCAGAGGCUGCCGCGGCCAAGAGCGGCGCGGCAGACACAAGCGGCGAGAGCGGCGCCGUCCAGCCUGCAAAGCCCCGCCGACCGCCGCGGCUGCUCAACAGGGUGCCCCAGGACAUCCUGGACGACCCCAACCUCAAGGAGGCCAUCGCGCUGCUGCCCGCCAACUACAGCUUUGAGAUCCCCAAGACGAUACACAGGAUACGCUCGUCCGCCGCCAAAAAGGUGGCGCUCCAGAUGCCCGAGGGCCUCUUGCUCUUCGCCACCACAAUCUCCGACAUCCUCACGCAGUUCUGCCCGGGGAUCGAGACGCUCAUCAUGGGAGACGUCACCUACGGCGCGUGCUGCAUCGACGACUACACGGCCCGCGCCAUGGGCUGCGACCUCCUCGUGCACUACGCCCACAGCUGCCUCAUCCCCGUCGACGUCACCAAGAUCAAGACGCUCUACGUCUUUGUCGACAUCAGCAUCGACACGGCCCACCUGCUGGCCUCGCUCGAGCGCAACUUCGCCACGGGCAAGACCAUCGCCGUCGUCGGCACCAUCCAGUUCAACGCUACCAUCCAUGGCGUGCGCGGCGCCCUCGAGGCCGCCGGCUUUCGCGUCCUCGUGCCCCAGAUCGCGCCUCUCAGCAAGGGCGAGAUCCUCGGCUGCACGUCGCCCCGCCUCAGCGACGACGACAAGGUCGACCUGAUUCUCUACCUCGGCGACGGGCGCUUCCACCUCGAGAGCAUCAUGAUUCACAACCCCAAGAUCCCAGCCUACCGCUAUGACCCUUACUCGAGGAAGCUCACGCGCGAGACGUACGCACACGAGGAGAUGCAGUCAGUCCGCAUGUCCGCCAUCCGCACCGCCCGCACCGCCAAGCGCUGGGGGCUCAUCCUCGGCUCCCUCGGCCGCCAGGGCAACCCCCACACCAUGGCCCUCAUCGAGCGCCGCUUGACGGAGCGCGGCAUUCCCUUUGUCAACCUCCUCCUCAGCGAGAUCUUCCCCGGCAAGCUCGCCAUGAUGAGCGACGUUGAGUGCUGGGUUCAGGUCGCCUGCCCGCGCCUGAGCAUCGACUGGGGCUACGCGUUCCCCCGGCCGCUGCUGACGCCCUACGAGGCGCUCGUCGUCCUCGGCGAGAAGGAGCAGUGGGAUAAACAGCCCGGAGGAGGUGUCUAUCCUAUGGACUACUACGGAAAGGAAGGGCUGGGCCGCACGCGACCGGCCGUGCAGGAGAGCAGUAGUACACCGGCUACCGCUGUCGUGGGAGCUGGGUAG